UGGACUUCUGACACACACAGAGAGAUCCUGGCUGCAGUUUGACUGACACACAUGAAAAGCAGAAUCUUAAAGUCAGCAACAUGCCUGGACUUAUCAACAAAGAGACUCGCUGCGCUCUGCCACUCAGUGUGUCUGACAUCACAUCCUGCGUCAGGGGUUACACCCUGGCUCUGACCGCGUCUAUGACCUACGAGAACAUCGAGGAUCAUGCAAUUGAGGGCAUCUUCAUUUAUCCGUUGGAGGAAAAUUCCAUUGUUGUGGGGUUCGAGGCUAUGAUAUCCAGCCAAAUUAUCACACUGCAAAUAAAGGACAAAGCAAAAAUUGAGGAUUGCUAUCUGGAAAGCUGCAACACGACCAAUGGAGCUCCUCAGAGCGGUAGUGGACACAUAGUGAUGGAUGAAGAUUUUGAGACGACAGUGUUGGUGAUUAACCUUGGGAUCAUCCCUCCAAUGGAGACAGUCCAUAUCCUGGUCAGUACUUCCUCUGAGCUCACUACACUGCCUAACGGUGGCAUCAGGGUCUCAUCCCCACCAGUAUGCACGCCUCGAGUGCAAAGGACGAUCAACGAGGAGCAGGGCCUGUCGCCAAACUUCACCAGAACGCGUGACAGACAGAUCUGGGCCUCCAAUUCCCAUGAUCAAAAUACAAACUCUCCUCAGCUGUGGUUGGCUUGCCUGCUGGAGGAGGAGGUCAUCAACUCCAUGGACUAUGAGUUUAACUUCCAGCUGGAAAUACGAGCUCCUUAUCUUCUUGCAGGUGUAGAGAGCCCUUCUCAUGCCAUCCGAGCUGAUGCAGACCCUCUGGCCCGCUCUGCCACCAACGUUGUCAUCAGUCUGGCUGACAAGUACACUUACGACUACCCGGUUGAAAUCCUCAUCUACCCCAGUGAACCUCAUCAGCCACAUGUUCUCAUUGAGAAUGGCGACAUGACGCAGGAAGAGUACGAUGAGUAUCUUCACAGCCGGAGUGAUUUCAUCAAAGCCACUAAGAAGGACUCCAGCAAUGAGAGGAAAGUAGACAUAAUUCACAGGCGGCUGCACAAGGACAUCCUCCACAACCCUGUGGUCAUGUUGAACUUUUGUCCUGACCUCAAAUCUGUCUGCUCUGACCUGAGAAAGGUCCACGGGGAAUUUAUCUUCCUUAUUGACCGGAGUGGCAGCAUGAGUGGGGUCAAUAUCAACCGUGUGAAGGAUGCCAUGGUGGUUAUUCUCAAGAGCCUGGUGCCUGGAUGCCUUUUCAACAUCAUUGGCUUUGGAUCCACAUUUAAAUCACUAUUCUCAACCAGCCAGAACUAUGAGGAGGAGGCCCUGGCCGUGGCUUGUGAGUAUGUCAGAAAGAUCCGAGCUGAUAUGGGCGGGACCAACAUCUUGGAACCGCUCACUUGGAUCCUGAGGCAGGCGAUGUUCAGUGGGCACCCCAGGCUGUUGUUCCUGCUCACAGACGGGGCUGUCAGCAACACGGGGAAGGUUAUCGAGCUGGUCCGCAGCCAUGCACGCUACAUCAGAUGUUUUACAUUCGGCAUCGGGCAGAAUGCCUGCAGGAGGCUGGUGCAGGGACUGGCGACCGUUUCCAAAGGCACAGCAGAGUUUCUGACUGACGGAGAGCGAGUGCAGCCUAAGAUGAUAAAGUCGCUGAAGAAAACCAUGUCUCCCGUCCUCAGUGACAUUUCCAUCGAAUGGCUCUUUCCCGAAACCAAAGAGGUGCUGCUCUCUCCUGUCGGCAACACCUUCCUCUUUCCAGGGGACCGUCUGAUUGGCUACAGCGUGGUUUGCGACACCACCCGUUACCACGACAACCCAAAAUCUGAUAAGAGGAGGCGGUACAGUAUGAUGCGCUCCUUGGAGUCAGCCAGCUCAGUGUUUUACCAAUCCCAAGAGGAGGAGUCGGGGAAGAUGGCCGUGGACAGUCAGGGGGGCCUCGCAGACGCGCCAUCCGGCGGCCUGUACGACUCCUACCACGACUCCAUGAUAAACAUCAGUCCUGUCAUUGCGGAGUCAGACCUCCUGGAUGAGACGUCACCGCGGAGGCGUGCCUACAGCACCAACCAGAUCGCAGACUACAACCCGGCGAAGAAAGCAUACACUCCCAGCGACCCCACCUCUGUGGUCCCCAAGAAUCCACUCAGGAGAAGCAAAGUGCAGGAGCUGAUAUGCCAGAUGAGCCCCGAACACGAAGUGCAGUGGAAGAAUGACUUCCAGCCACAGCUGGCCAGCCUGUGUGCCGCAUCUCUCAAAGGACAACCCGCCAGCCAUCAUAAGCCCCUUACUCAGCAGGAGUUGCCUCUGCAGCAGGAAGAGGACUCUGGGGGUAAUUUCCAGGCACAGCAACAAUUCACCCCUCAGGCCGGUGACGGCAACAUGCCGCCUGCUGUGAGAAACCAUGUCGGGGAAGAUGGCUCCAGGUCAUCCACAGACAGCCCUUCUGUCGGCAGCAUUGGAGACACAGAUGGAUACGGACACCAGUUAUGUCAAGCAGAAACCCCACAGGAGACUCACGUGGCAGAACUCGGCACUGCUAAUCAGCACAAAGCCGACUGCAAGGCAGUCGUGUCGGGACUGCUGUGUGGGAAACCAAUGAAGUGGGAAGUGGUCUUUGACGUCAAUCCCUUUCUAAAUGGCCGGGAACGUGAGGAAAAAGUGCACGAGGAGCUGUGGAAUGAAACCUUCCACCACCUGGCCGGACAUUCCAUCAUACAAGACUUUGAGAACAUGGCUGAGAAAGAGUGUGAGAUAGAACAUGGUUCUGGCAGAAAGUACCAGUUAUAUGCUAUUCACACCAGCAAAGCCUGCAAUAUACUAAGCAAAUACACAGCCUUUGUUCCCAUUGACCUGGACACCAAUGAAUAUUUGCAGACAUGUGUUGAAUACAUAAACCCUGCUGAAGGUCUGAAGAGGGGCUCUAAGUCUCGGUCAGGGAGUCGGAAGAACAGAGGCUACUCCAUUGGGCUCGGUCGCUCUCAGUCCGGGGGCAUGUCAGAAGAAGCUGAAGAUGUCCCGCUGCUUAACAAUGGAGAAGACGGCGUCUCUCCGUGCAGCACUCCCUCGUCCGCCGGCUGGGAGAGAUGCAGCUUCACAGAGGUAUCCCAGAGGAGUCCGUCUGUGACCUCUGACCAAUCGCAGAAAUCUGUUGAGAGCCUUUUUUCUGCCAGGCUGGCCCUCAGCAAGACUCGCCUCCUGACUCGAGCCGCCAAAGGGUUCAUGUGUCGAUCGUACAGCAAGUCUGGCGAUUCAAUCGGAGACAGUGAGAACGAGAACAAAGACUACAUUCCUCUGGUUCUGUUGCAGUUAGCUAGCGGUGCUUUCCCCCUGGACUCGGCUCUGUGUGAAGCCAUUAAUGUACCGAUGGACAAGCUCAAAUGGACGUCCCCCUUCACCAGCCACCGCAGCAGUCUGGGCCACCAGUCUCACUCCAGCAGCCGACGCACCGACAGUAGCGAUGACGGUUUGAGAUCCACGUUUGAACACGACAUGCAUCUGCUAGCCGCAGAGCACGCUAGUCCGACCAAGCACGCCUGGCCCGACGCCGGGCUCUCCUCACUGGUUGGUCCACCCGCUUCAGGUGAGGUUCCCCUCUCCCCACAUCUGAGUUCGAUCCUAGGGAGGAUGGAAACGGUUUCGCCCGGCGGUGUUUCGAAGAGGGCGCAAGAUCUAGAGAGUCUGGUGUGGGCGACGGCCGUGGCCCUGGCCUGGCUGGAGCACAGCUCUGCCAGCUAUUUCAUCGAGUGGGAACUGUUGGCCGCCAAAGCCAGCAUGUGGCUCAGCGCGCAGGACAUCCCAGAGGGAAAAGAUUUAGCCUCCAUAAAGGCUGCUGCAAAUCAGCUCUUCAUCAUCCUCAGACACUGGGAUGAAAACCUCCAGCUGAACAUGCUCUGUUACAACCCCAACAGUGUCUGAGAAAACCCCGAGUUGAGCAAGGACGCAUGCGGCUGAAGGUCCCGUAUAAUACUAUGCUAACCGAGGCUUUGCUACUCACUGCCAGACAGUUUCCGCUCUGGAGUCUGAAUUUUGCCGUUACCUUUGUGAGCAAUGUCCCGUUCGUGUGGUGUUCCUCAAAACAUAUCACAGGCUCUCAAGAGAUACUUUGCGCAAGCUGUUACCUCGCUGGUGCCAUAAACAGUAGCUGGAUCUCUAUUAGCGAGAGAUCACGUUGAAUUAUGCCACAGACUUGAACUUCAAGAGAAACGUCAGUGUUAAAGUCACAGCAUGUUGGACCACUGACCUUCAACAUACGAGAAAUGCUAUUAUUGUCAUCAUAUUGAUGUUAUUAGUGGAAUGCUGCAAAACAGUGGGAAGAGAAAACCAUUCGAUUGUAUUGUCACUUACUGUCGAGACAUCUUUACUACAUUAUCUAAAUUGGUCAUACUGUGGAAAACAUCUGGUUAUUUAAUAGCUGUACUGUCACUUCCCACUUGUUGGUUUCUAUAGUGAUGCUGUUAAAACUUGUUAUUUUAGUUUACCUGUAGCAGAGACAUCAAAAUAUGCAAAGUGUUAAUGAAAACCAUAGGUGUCUGUAUGUACGUAUUAUAAAUGUGGUAUAGGUGGAUGUCUACAAAUGUGUAGCUCACAGCAUGUAAUCUCCUGUUUAUCACCAAAUGUAAUAGGUUCCAAUCAAGCCUUUUUUUCUAUUUAAAUGACAUAAAAGACCAAGAGAAGGCUGGAGAAGAGGUUUGCAAUCACAAAAUUAGCCUACUUAUGAGUAAAAGAUUUCAAAUACUAGUUGAUAUUUAAUCAAACAAGUAAAUUUGCUGUGAUGGUUGGCCGUAGUAAUCUCACACAAACCCUUAGACUGUUGCCUGUUCAAAGCCUGGAUUCGACCUUUCAGAAGGGAAUUUGCAUGUUAAUCUGAAGUAUAUUAGCCCCAUAACAUUAAAUGGUGUAGCACAGGAUACAUUACUGAUUAGAGGUGGUGAGACCUUUUGAUAGAUUUCCUAACAGCUGGUGCAAACCAAUUUUGUGGAAUGUUGAGCCAUCACAGUGCUGUCCUGGCAGUCUGCUAGCUGUAAUCGUCCUGUCAGAUUUACCAAAAGUGCCUGAACAAGGUAGAAAUUGAUAGAAUUCUAUAUUUUCCACUUGAUAUAAUCAGAGAAUUCUUUUUAAAAAUAUCAACUAAUCUAUGGGCUUGUUGUUGUGUUGCAAAAUCUAGCGAGGCUGCAUUAUGGGUAGCUUGAUUGAUUAUGUCAGACAGAAGUCCGUAGUUUUAAAUUAAGGUCAUGAGAUGCCAUUUAAAGGCUGCUAAUUUUCUAACUUGGCAUAAAAUAUUGACAUUUUUGACUGUUAAUUUUCUUUUGAUUCUGAGUAGGCAGUUGGCCAUGAUUGAUUUUGACACUUUGACAGUUUUUAAGAUUUUUAACUUUGUUCAGCCAACGUUCAGUUCCAUAAUAGCUCCUCGUUUUUGUGUCUUCUGUGCAGCAGUUGCAAUGCCUGGAGCCUUUUCUCUCAUUAAUGUUAGCUGGUGUAGCAAAUGAUAUCUGUUGCACCAUGUUAAAUGGACUGUGACAUUUCUUCUUUUCUUCUUAAGUGGGAUUGUGUAUGAGCAGUCAUUGUCUUACACAUCAUAGAAAACAUCCAGAAAUGUUUGUCUUUGGAGAAACUGAACUGACUACUCAACCUUUUUUUCAUCUUAAGCAACAUAAUUAUAUAUUUGGUAAACUUCCCAGAGUCAUUUACAUUUUUUUUAAAUCAAACUGUUGCUUUAUUUAGUUUUUUCUUCUGAGGACCUUAUACGUUGCCAUAUUCUGGCAUUCACAAUGGAUUGACAGAAAAUCACACUUAGAAUUCAGCUAGUUAAAAACUCUUCAACAGCCUUCAAAAAACUAAAAUGAUUCAAACUUUAAUAACACAGAUUUACAGUGAAAUUAUUUGGCUUAGGUGCUUGAGUGCUUAGUGUAAAGAUAACGCUCAAUGGUGUUUGUGUACUUGAAAUGACAAACAUUACCCAUGUUUAAGCUAGCUCUUAGCCUAGCUCCACUGUCAGAAUUUUUUUUCAAUUUUACUCUCAAUUGAGAGCGUUCUAAUGUCAAUUCCAAGGGACACAAC